CACUUCCAAAUCCAUAAUGGCCGCUGCUGGAGUGCGUGUGGAAGGGUAUCACGGCGAGGAGCAGUCGGACCAGUGCCUGAGAGAACACGCCGCGAGAAUCGGUUACCCUGUCAUGAUUAAGGCUGUUCGGGGUGGAGGAGGCAAGGGCAUGAGGAUCGUUCAGUCGGCAGAAGAAUUUCAGGAGCAGUUGGAGUCGGCGCGGAGAGAGGCUAAGAAGUCUUUCAACGAUGACGCUGUGCUCAUCGAGAAGUUUGUGGACACGCCAAGGCAUGUAGAAGUCCAGGUGUUUGGUGAUCACCAUGGCAACGCUGUGUACUUAUUCGAAAGAGACUGCAGUGUGCAGAGGCGCCAUCAGAAGAUCAUUGAGGAGGCCCCAGCGCCUGGUAUUAAACCUGAAGUAAGAAAAAAGCUCGGAGAAGCUGCAGUCAGAGCUGCUAAAGCUGUGAAUUACGUUGGAGCAGGAACGGUGGAGUUCAUUAUGGACUCAAAGCAGAAUUUCUACUUCAUGGAGAUGAACACAAGGCUGCAAGUGGAACAUCCUGUCACUGAGAUGGUCACAGGAACUGAUUUGGUGGAGUGGCAGCUUAGGAUUGCAGCAGGAGAGAAGAUUCCCUUGAGCCAGGAAGACAUAACCCUGCAGGGCCAUGCCUUUGAAGCUAGGAUAUAUGCAGAAGAUCCUAACAAUAACUUCAUGCCGGGGGCCGGGCCCCUAGUACAUCUCUCCACCCCUCCAGCAGACAGCUCCACCAGGAUUGAAACUGGUGUGCGGCAAGGGGACGAAGUGUCAGUGCAUUAUGACCCCAUGAUUGCGAAGCUGGUCGUGUGGGCUGCAGAUCGCCAGGCGGCCUUGAUGAAACUGCGGCACAGCCUCCGUCAGUACAACAUUGUCGGUCUGCAUACCAACAUCGACUUCCUGCUCAGCCUGUGUGGCCACCCAGAGUUCGAAGCCGGGCACGUGCACACCGACUUCAUCCCUCAACACCACAAGGCGCUGCUGCCUGGCUGGAAGGCUGCUGCCAAGGAGCUGUUCUGCCAGGCAGCCCUGGGGCUCGUCCUGCAGGAGAGAGCUGUGACGGAUGCCUUCAACCUUCACACGCAAGAUCAAUUCUCUCCAUUUUCAUUGUGCAAUGGAAGAAGACUGAAUAUCAAUUACACAAGAAAUGUGACUCUUAGAGAUGGUAAAAACAAUGUAGUCAUAGCUGUAACAUAUAACCAUGAUGGAUCAUAUACCAUGCAGAUUGAAGACCAAACCUUCCAAGUCCUUGGUGAUCUUUCUAGUGAGGGAGAUUGCACUUACCUGAAGUGUUCUGUUAAUGGAGUUACUCAUAAAGCCAAGCUCAUUAUCCUGGAAAACACUAUCUACCUAUUUUCCAUGGAGGGGAGUAUCAAGUUUGACAUUCCAGUACCCAAAUACCUGUCUUCGCUGAGCUCCGAAGGGACUCAGGGAGCUACUGUAGCUCCUAUGACGGGAACCAUUGAGAAGGUGUUUGUGAAAGCCGGGGACAGAGUGAAAGCUGGAGAUUCUCUAGUGGUUAUGAUCGCCAUGAAGAUGGAGCACACCAUCAAGGCGCCGAAGGAUGGCACGAUAAAGAGAGUGUUCUACAAAGAAGGCUCGCAGGCCAACAGACAUGCUCCUUUGGUCGAGUUUGAGGAGGAGGAAUCUGACAAAAGGGAAUCAGAAUAAACCCCAUCAGAGAAAAAUGGCCAAUUACGUAGUAUCUUAUUCUCAUACUGAAAAGAAAGUGCCUACUGCUUUUUCUUGGGUUCUUAUAAAAGGCAGUUUUAACUAAAUGAUUUAACUACAUGAUUAUGCCAAACCUCUCUUAUUUAAGAAUUGUGUACUUGAGGCCCAACACUGUGGUGCAGCAGGUAAAGCUGCUGCCUAUGGUGCCAGCAUUCUUUACGGGCGCCGAUUCAAGUCCCGGAUGUUCCUCUUUCAGUCCAGCUCCCUGCCAGUGCACCUGGGACAGCAGUGAAGGGUGGCCCAAGUCCCACAUGGGAGACCUGGAGAAGGUUCCUGGCUCCAAAUUCAGAUCAACCCAGGACUGGCCAUUGCAGCCAUUUGGGGAGUGAGCCAGUGGAUGGGGGCCCUCUCUCUGUCUCUCUCUGUAUCUCUGCCUUUCAAAUAAAUAAAUGAAUCUUAGAAAGGAAUCAUGCACUGAGUCACAAAUAUAAUUAUCUCAGAAUAUUUCAUACUAAUAAAAUUGAAUUGUACUUUUUUUUUUUUACUGGCAAUAGAUAUUGUUUCUGCCUCAGAUUUUAUAAAAUGUAGCAUUUUUAGGAAAGGGGAUAGCAACUUGAUGAAAAAAAUUGGAAGAAAAAAGUUAUUUAACUAAAUGAAUUAUUUUCCAGUUACAAUCAUGAUGAAAAUGGACAGUAACAUCCUUCAGACAGAUGGCCACAGAGCAAAGCCCAACCAAGAUUUUGUUUCAUCAAAGAGUAACUUAUUGGGCAGUUUAAAGACAUGGCUGUUUGUUUCUACUUUUGAUUGGAAAAUUUCUACCUAGACUGCUGCUACUUUCUAAGCUCAUAAAAAAAUAUGUGUAUGAGUUGUAUGUAUUAUAUACUAGAAUAUAGUAUUAAGAAUUAAUUUGGAUAAAUUUUUAAAAUAUGCUGUUACAGAAAGCAUGGGUAAAAGUAGAAUGCCUGACUGCUGAAUACUUCUUUAUGAAAGCAUUUUUUCGUUACCAAAAAGAAAAAAGCCCACUUUGGAUUGUAGUUCUUCACCUUUGUGUAGAUUCUGUUAUUACUGACACUUAUACAGCCCUCUGCAUUUUCAUGUAUUCAUUGCAGCGUCAAAUAUUUGCCAAAUUGUGCCUUCACUGAAUGCAUAAAACUAUGUUAAAUGUGGAGAAUACAAAAAAAAAUGGAUAAAAGAUGAUCUCUUUAA